GACCCACGGAACGGAACUUCGGCAAAGAUGUCGGCCAAGCUGACUCGUAUCGCUAUCGUCAGCACGGACAAGUGCAAGCCCAAAAAAUGCCGUCAGGAGUGCAAGAAGUCGUGCCCCGUAGUGCGCAUGGGAAAGCUCUGUAUUGAGGUGGGGCCUAAAAGCAAGGUGGCCUUCAUCUCGGAGCAGCUCUGCAUCGGUUGUGGUAUCUGCGUCAAGAAGUGCCCGUUCGAGGCUAUUAACAUCAUCAAUCUGCCCAAGGACCUGGAGAGUAACACCACGCACCGCUACGGUGCCAACACCUUCAAGCUCCACCGUCUGCCCAUGCCCCGUCCUGGCCAGGUGCUUGGUCUCGUCGGUACUAACGGUAUCGGCAAGUCCACGGCACUGCGCAUACUCGCUGGCAAGCUCAAGCCUAACCUUGGCAAGUUUGACGCGCCCCCCGAGUGGCAGGAGAUUCUGACUCACUUUCGCGGCUCAGAGCUGCAGAACUACUUCACGCGUAUCCUUGAGGACAACCUCAAGGCCAUCACCAAGCCGCAGUACGUGGACAAGAUCCCCAAGGCAGUGAAGGGAACGGUGCAUGGCAUCCUGUCGGCCCGUUGCGAGAAGCAGGAUAAGCUGGAUCAUUUUUUGAACGAGCUGGAUCUGUCGCACGUGCAGGACCGUGAGAUCGAGAACCUGUCGGGUGGUGAGCUACAACGCUUCGCAAUCGCCGUCGUGGCCGUGCAGAAGGCUGAUAUCUACAUGUUUGACGAGCCGUCGUCGUACUUGGAUGUGCGCCAGCGUCUCAAGGCCGCUCUGGUGAUCCGCUCCAUGGUGGACGACAAUGCCCGCUCGUACGUCAUCUGCGUUGAGCACGAUCUGAGUGUGCUGGACUACCUGUCCGACUUUAUCUGCGUGCUGUACGGUACCCCAUCGGCCUACGGUGUGGUCACCAUGCCCUUCAGCGUUCGUGAAGGUAUCAACAUCUUUCUUGCAGGCUUUGUACCCACCGAGAACCUGCGUUUCCGUACCGAGGAGCUCACGUUCAAGGUGUCGCAGAACGCUGACGAGUUUAGCACAGGCGAGGGCGAUGCCAACUCGUUCAACUACCCAGCGAUGACUAAGACCAUGUACAAGAAGAAGAAGGACACUGCUUUCAAGCUGCACGUCAAGGCUGGCGACUUCACUAACUCGGAGAUUAUCUGUAUGCUUGGUGAGAAUGGUACCGGUAAGACGACGUUCAUCCGUAUGCUUGCUGGUCUGCUCAAGUCUGACGAGAUGGAGGCUGCUGAGAAGGCUGGCGACGACGAGGCCAUGUCGAACUGUGCUCUGCGCUACGAUUCUUCUACGAUCAGUUACAAGCCGCAGAAGAUUGCGCCUAAGUUCCAGGGUACGGUGCGUGAGCUGCUGCAUCGCCGUAUCCGUGAGGCUAUCGUGCAUCCGCAGUUCGCGACGGAUGUGACUAAACCCUUGGCGCUCGAUAACAUUAUCGAUCAGGCCGUUCCUCAUCUAUCUGGUGGUGAAUUGCAGCGUGUGGCCAUCAUCCUGUGCCUGGGUAAGCCUGCUGACAUCUACCUUAUCGAUGAGCCGUCUGCCUACUUGGAUUCCGAGCAGCGUAUUAUUGCCGCCAAGGUUAUCAAGCGCUUCAUCUUGCACGCUAAGAAGACGGCGUUCGUCGUGGAACACGAUUUCAUCAUGGCGACAUAUUUGGCCGACCGUGUGGUUGUGUACGACGGUAAACCGGGUAUCGAGUGUACGGCACACGCGCCGCAGGGCCUGCUGACGGGAAUGAACACGUUCCUGAAGCAGCUUGAGAUUACGUUCCGACGGGAUCCUACGAACUAUCGCCCGCGUAUCAACAAGUACGACUCUGUAAAGGAUGUUGAGCAGAAGAGCUCGGGCAACUUCUUCUUCAUGGAUGACUAAGCUAUAGACGAAUGGGAGGACUGAAGCGCGUGCGUGAAGAUGGCGGAGUAGAUUGGUGCAACUGCGUCCUCGCCGGCCGAAGGAUGGUGGAGGAAGUAGAGAAAAUACAUGAGCGCUUUGAUUUUA